UUUUCUGGCAUGAGAGUUACAUGUGCUUCUUUCUCAGAAUGAAGCAACACCUAAAAACUCUUCUUCUCUACCUGCUAAUAACCAUACUUUCUAGUAUUCAAUCAGCUUCAGCUAUUGAUUUUGUCUUCAAUGGCUUUAAACCAUCAGAUAUGUCAGCGUAUGGGGAUGCUAAUAUUGAAUCUGGAAUACUUAGCCUUACCCUUGAUGCGAUUUCCUUUUCAGAUGGUAGAGCUCUACACCCUUCAAAAAUUGUCACAAAAGCACCCAAUUCAUCCCAAAUUCUUCCCUUUUCAACAUCUUUCAUUUUUGCUAUGGCGCCUUAUAGGGACAGGCUACCAGGACAUGGCAUAGUUUUCUUGUUUGUGCCACACACAGGUAUUUACAGGGGGUCGAGUUCUUCACAGAAUUUAGGUUUCUUUAACUUCACAAAUAAUGGGAAUCCCGAUAACCAUGUCUUUGGGGUUGAGUUUGAUGUUUUCAAGAAUCAAGAAUUCAAUGACAUAAAUAACAACCAUGUUGGAAUUGAUGUCAAUUCUCUUGAAUCAGUGUUUGCUCAUGAAGCAGGCUAUUGGCCUGAUAUGUACAAUAAGUAUAAUGAUAAUGGUAGCCUAAAUGAAGAGCCUUUCGAGACUUUAAAGUUGAAUAAUGGAAAAAACUACCAAGUUUGGAUUGACUAUGCAGAUUUCCACAUUAAUGUUACUAUGGCACCAGUUGGUAUGAAAAGGCCUAAGCAACCUUUGUUGGAUUUCCUUCUGAAUCUUUCUCAAGUUUUUAAGGAUGAGAUGUAUGUGGGGUUCACAGCAUCCACUGGAUCUCUUGCUCAAGGUCACAAGAUUUUAGCUUGGAGUUUUAGUAACUCCAAUUUUUCGAUUAGUGAUGCUUUGAUCACACAUGGGUUGCCUUCAUUUGAGCUUCCUAAAGAUCCAGUCUAUCGAUCGAAGGGAUUUAUUGUAGGUAUGACAAUAUCACUCUUCUUUCUUGUUAUGGUCACUUCUGUAGCUUCAUUGUUUCUAAUUAAGAGAAAUAGGAGAAUAAAAAGGGAAAAAGAGUGUACGGAAGAUUGGGAAUUGGAAUAUUGGCCACAUAGGAUUACUUAUCAAGAAAUUGAUGCUGCAACAAAGGGUUUUGCUGAUGACAAUGUGAUUGGAGUUGGAGGUAAUGGGAAGGUUUAUAAAGGGGUUUUGACUGGGGGUUCAGAGGUUGCAGUAAAGCGCAUUUCUCAUGAAAACAGUGAAGAGGGAAGGCAAUUCUUGACUGAGAUUUCAAGUCUUGGUAGGCUAAAGCACAGAAAUUUGGUGGCAUUAAGAGGCUGGUGCAAGAAAGGCGGAGGCAGCCUGAUUUUGGUUUAUGAUUAUAUGGAAAAUGGGAGCUUGGAUAAAAAGCUGUUUGAAUGUGAUAAGGGAAACAUGUUGAGUUUUGAAGACAGAAUUAAGAUUUUGAAAGAUGUGGCAUUAGGGGUUCUAUACUUGCAUGAGGGGUGGGAGGCAAAAGUGUUGCAUAGGGACAUUAAGGCUAGCAAUGUUUUACUUGACAAGGAAAUGCAUGCAAGAAUUGGUGAUUUUGGUCUAGCAAGAAUGCAUGAUCAUGGUCAAGUGGCUAACGAGACUCGAGUUGUUGGCACAGUUGGUUACCUGGCGCCAGAGUUUGCCAAGACAGGCCGUGCCUCCACGCAAACUGAUGUGUUCAGUUAUGGAGUUCUAAUAUUGGAGGUGAUGUGUGGAAGGAGGCCAAUAGAGGAAGGCAAGCCACCUUUAGUGGAUUGGCUGUGGGAACUAAUGAAACGGGGCGAAUUGAGUAAUGCCUUUGAUAAUCAAUUAAGGAGUAAUCAAGGAUUUAAUGAAGAGGAGGCGUUAAGGGUAUUGCAAUUAGGGAUGAUAUGUGCGAGCCUAGACCCCAAAGCUAGGCCAACCACGCGACAAGUGGUGAAAUUCUUUGAAAGGAACUCAGAGGUAGAUGAAUCUGAAGCUGAGGAUAUGGAUUUUUACCUUCUGGAAAGUAUGAGACCGAAUACCAUACUAUCCAAUUAUUGUUCUUCCAGGCAUAUUUCUUGGACAAAUUCUCUAGUGGAGGGUAGGUGACUUUAACUUACAUCUCUGCAGACUGUAGAGAUGAAAUAUGAUUGUUGGUUUUUCUUCAUCACUCUGCUCCUUGUUACCUUCAUCUCUAUACUCCCAGGGUCUAUCGUUGGUUGAAUUGGCAAUGCUUCUUCAUGAACAAAUUAUAUAAGAUGGCUAAGGAAAAAGGGUUGGUUUUGAGAUAUAUGUGUAAUUGUUUUUCUUUUUUAUUAAAUGGUUGGAGAUAUAUAUGGUUGAAUUGGCAAUGCUGCUUCAUGAACAAACACAGUUCCUGACCUGAAGGCGAUGGGGGCUGUUAAUAACGCUCUGGUGUAAUGGCCAUGAUUCAUCCACCAGACUUGGUUUCCUGUCUCCUUAGAACUCAAUGAUAUAUUGGUACGAGCCUAAGGAAUAGAUUCUGUUCUAGUAAGGUCGCGUGUAUGUGUGUGUGUAUAUAUAUAUAUAUAUAUGCAUUUGUUUCUUUUUUAUACAUUAAGGAAACAUUUGAUAUGAUGUAUUAGAAGAAACAAUCAUGGUAUAAAAUUUUGUACUUAAUUA